AUGAAGACUUAUGUCUCCGGGCUAUGGGCCAUUCGCUUCAAGUAUACCAAUACUACAGUUGACCCGCGCCUUCGAAAACAUGCUAAGUCUUUCGUCCUUCGCUCCAUGAGGAAGACAGUAGCUCUCCGAACUGAGCCAAAGGUGAAAAACCACCUCGGUCCCGCAGCCUUUCGCUACUUGGCUCAUUUUCUUUGGGUUCGAGACUACAAAAACGCCUUCAACAUUGGCCUAGACCGACUUGACGACAGUGCGAUCAGGCUGUUCCAGACGUAUACUGGGGCUCGUACACAUGAGUUCGUCCUCCCGCGACAGAGGAAAGCGAAGGUUCUCGAGUAUUACGAUGAACUAGAUAUAUAUACCGACUCUACCGACUCGGACAACGGUGACUCCGACCGCGAGUCCGACUGCAACUCCGACCACGACUCCGACCUCGACUCCGACCCUGACUCCGACUCCGAGCAAGAAUCUGAAAAACCGGCACGCGUAAACGGCCAUGCGCUGCUCCGGUGCAAGGCGUGCUGGGUCUGUGGAAGGACGGAUGACAGAACGGUCGCUGAGAGAAAAAUCCUUUGCUGGGAAGACAUCCAACUCUGGAUUAUGCGAGACCCGAAUGGCAAUGGAGGGCGCGAUCGUCUUACGAUGACCGUUCUUCUCCGUUUCCACAAGGGCUAUGUGACACGCCAUCGUCCCACAAAGUUUCUCUUUCUUGAGGAGAAGCUGCCUAUGAUCUGUCCGAUUACUCACAUCCUCGCCAAGGCUUUGGCUGAGAAUGUCAUCCAACAUGACGGGUAUACGCAAGCGCGCCAUUUUUUCCAAACCAAGCUCAGCGUGGAUGCAGUUCAGAUUCAUUGGAAGAAGGAGUUCUGGCACGAACCGGUGUUUCGGCGAUCGAGUAAAACUUUGAAGGGGUACGAAAAAUCGAACAACCCAAUAACAAAUGCAAUGUACGAAAAUUGGACGAAGAGGCUUGGUCUCGCGGCAGGCCUCCCAGACAAGCUCAAAACCUAUGACCUCCGACGCGGUUUGUUGGGAGCCAUCGACAAGAAAUGCCGUAAAACUGUCCGUAACAGCAUUGCGCGCCACAGUGGGACGAACGACGGCACGUUUCAAAGUUACUACAACAAUGCCAAAAUCACCGUCGUUACCCAAAACGCAUAUCUCGGCCGAGAGACCGACUCCGCCUACCUUGACGUCUUCAACCACAUUGGUUUGCGAUGCGAUGAAAACGCGCCCACCAGCGUCAGCGACGAAUUGAUGGAUGGGCUUGAGCCGACCGACGAGAUUCGGCAUCUUGAGAAAGAGAUGGCAGCUCUCACUCUGGAGCAACACCAUGUGCACUUGGAACCAGCCAGCCAAAAAGCGCGCUACGACGAUCUCAAGAAGAAACUGAAAGCUGCAAGGCAAAGAUUCAGAAGAGAGAUCGAAGAAAGCACUCGCCGACAGUACUUCGAGGCCAAGAAUGAUAAGGAGCUCGAUUUGCAGCUAUCUGGCAUUCAUCGCCCAAGAGAACUGGUCCCAAAAAUCACUUUUACGCGUUUGGACCGGACGUACAUUGCGGAUCUAUUCGAAGACUUACGGGAAGACGAUCUCUCAGAGGAGGACAUAGUACGAAGAAAAAUUGUCGCCAUCAAUGCGCUCGUCGCUUACGCAUGGACGAUUGAGGCCAAAGAAACACCCCCUCAACGAAGUGGCCUUGUCCACAUAGAGUCGGGGCCACGACAUGUCGAUGCGGCUUCGAACCCGGAUAACCGACUGAUACGCGAAGUGGGCAAUGCACCUCUUUGCCGCGCAGAAACGGUGCUGGACAAAAGCCCUGGCGUAGGCACGGGCAUUAAAAAGAAAGUACGGGUCCGGCCAGCACCGUGUAUUUUUUGCGGUCGCCAAUUGCAAAGAACGGCAGAUAUGUGGAGUCAUGUCGAGUCACAUCUUAAAAAAAUGAAGGAUCAAGUGCCCUGCCCCUUCCGCCAGUGUGAGGCCCGAGGAUACGUCUCGGACAACAAAACUCGGUUCAAGAACCACAUAGCCAAAGAACAUGGCAUUCUCCUGAGGCCGACGACGGCCCUGGAGAAGACCACAAACAAAUCUUCGACUUUUGAGCAGAUGAAAUUUGGGAAGUAG